CGCGUCCUUUUUCACGUUUCGGCAGUGUCCCAAAGAAGACAGCGAAUUGGCUCGGAUCACCAUUGACAUUGGGUCGCUAUCUCGGCUCAGCAGUCCUCGCAACGUCGCUCGAGAUCCAAUUCCUCCCUCCCCGCCGGCUCGACAAGUAGAAGUAGCAUGGUGACGCCUCCUCGCUGUCAUGCCCCAGACCCCGCAGCAUUCUUUUCAGCAAAUGGCGCCGGUCGCAUCUCCUCAACAGACCGCCGGACAAGCGCUCGCCGUGCCGCAGAUCUAUGGGAAUCACAAUCACGGGUACAACAUGUCUUUCGACCCGACGCAGCAUAACCAGCAACCUGUAGGGCAGGUCAUGCCCACGGCGUUCGCUCAGAGCUUCCCGAGCGGGCCAAUGUCCAAUCCGGGCUUCACGAGGAGUUUCGGCGAUGGCAAGAAAGGCGCCUCGAGAGGGCAUACAGAGAACCCGCAGAUAUAUACCGCGGUUUAUUCUGGUGUGUCCGUCUACGAACUUGAAGUCGGAGGUGUCGCAUGUAUGCGGCGGCGUGGUGACGGCUGGUUGAACGCUACACAAAUCCUCAAAGUCGCUGGUGUCGAAAAGGGAAAGCGCACGAAAGUGCUCGAAAAGGAAAUCUUGACUGGCGAGCACGAAAAGGUUCAAGGUGGAUAUGGUAAAUAUCAGGGCACAUGGGUCAGCUAUCAACGAGGGCGCGAGUUCUGCAGACAAUACGGAGUAGAGGAUGUACUGCGACCACUGCUGGACUAUGACGUCCAACCGGACGGCUCUGGCGGCGACGGUCAAGAAACUCCGACCAAAGAGCAAGCCAUGGCAGCGCAGCGGAAGCGGUUUUACAAUGCGAACCAAGAACAACGACCCAGCGGUCCGGCAUCAUUUGGAACAUUUUUCUCGAAUAUCUCCCCUUCGGCAUCCGUUGCGCUAGCCGCUAUGAGCAAAGUCGCACGGCUCAAUUCACCAGCACCUCGUCCAGCCAGCGCGCAGCAAAAGCCUUCGAACAUGCGCAACUCUUCUCAAUCCAAUGCAGAUUUCGCUGCCGAAAGUCAACAAAGCACAAUGUCCGAGUCUGGCGAGAGGAUGGACUCGGGCUUUGGGACUCAAGCUCAGGGCGAGCCGCCUCGGAAACGUAUGCGCACGGAUGAUGGGCAUGAUGGUAUGGCACCACCAGCGCUGCCCUUUGACACUUCGAUCGUUUCUGCGACUCCCACGGAACCGAAUGAAAGCUUUCUCUAUGACAAUGCGCUCAUGUUGGAAUCGAAAAAUGGAGCUGGCGAACCGAUAGCAUUGGCGCCUCUACCAAGUCCGGUAACAGAAGAGCAGCAGGAGAAGAUGAAUCUCAUCUUGGAUCUAUUCGCCGAGCAAGGUAGAAUCGACUAUUCUUCACAUCCUGCGCUCACGCAACUCUCGAACGACGAUUUCAACAUGCCGUUGGAUGCUUCUGCGAAUAAUGCUUUGCACUGGGCUGCGACGUUGGCGAAGGUUCCGUUAUUGAAGCUGUUGAUCCAACGUGGCGCGAGCAUCUGGCGUGGUAACGCAGCUGGUCAAUCACCCCUGAUCAGUGCAGUGCUUGUCAAUAAUUGCUGGGAACACUCGUGCUUUCCAGAGUUGCUCGAAUUGUUGGGUCCAUUGAUUGAAGUUCGCGAUCUUCAAGGUCGAACCAUUUUACAUCACAUCGCUGUUUCAUCCGGCAUCAAGGGUCGCUCGCCAAGCAGCAAAUACUAUCUCGAGGCAUUGCUAGAGUUUCUAGUACGAACAGGUCAGCAGAACAACACGAGCAGUUCACAAGGUGCGACGAAUGUAGCGGCGGCAGCUGCGGCAGGACUUUCGCAGGAUGCCAACGGAGAAGUGUCGAAUCUGGAUCCUGGACUCAAUCUGGGGCAGCCAAGAGGUCCCAUCACAUUUGUCAAAUUUCUUCAAAGCAUUGUCAACGCGCGAGACAAGGCCGGGAAUUCUGCACUCAAUCUUGCUGCAAGGAUAAACAAUCGGAGCAUCAUUCAGCAACUUUUGGAAAUCCACGCCGAUCCCAGCUUACCGAAUAACAAAGGCAUCAGUGCUAAAGAUUUCGGUAUUGGGUCGGAAAUGAUGGAAGCUACUCAGAGUGACGAAGCUUUCGAUGCCAGUCAACAAUCUGCACAAUUACAAGUGGACGGAUCGUAUCAACGAUCCAUGAUUGCAAGUCAACCCGGCGAAUCACAACCUAUCAGUUCCUCCAGCCAAGUCGAGGAAAUGGGCCAAGAUGUAAUCUCGUCUAUGACAUCCAUGCUUACGCAAAAUCUUGCCUCGCACAAAGAACUUUUGCGUUCAAGGAGUGAGCAAAUCGACCGAGUCAACGAGCAAAUUCAAGAAUUGAGCUCUCUGCAAAAAUCCACCCUCGACGAACUUCACGAAUUAAAAGACCGCGUCCGUGUCCGCGAAGAGCGCAAAGCGAAAAUGCUCAGCCUCCAACGCGAGAUCCAAAAGAAACGCACCGCCUCCCGGCGCCCGCGCCCCGAUGUCCCUGCUCCACCCUCCUGGCUCGACAACGCCUCCUCCAACGCCGCCCUCUUCGCCAUCGAACCCACCCCCGACGGCCGCCUCGCCCCGGCCCAGAUCCUCUUCGCCAAGACCAGCCUCCCCAGCAAAUCCACCCUCCGCGCGCACCUCACCGCCUGCCAGCAAAACAUCUCCGCCCUGCAAGACCACGCCGCGCACCUGCACAGCCGCUCCACCGACCUCGAGGCCAUGUACCGCAAAGUCGUCGCCCUGUGCACCGGCGUCCCCGAAGACAAAGUCGAGGAGUCCCUCCCCAGCCUCGUCGCCGCCGUCGAGAGCGAGCGGGAGACGAUGGAGAGUGAACAGGAGGUCGGUCGUGUUCGCGAUUUCCUCAGGAAGGUCGAGGGGAACCCCCUGCAGAGCAAUGUGCAGAUUAACCCGGACGUCACGGCCCUCGCGACGGCCGCGGCGGCGGCCAUGACGGCGGCAGCGAGAUGAGUGCGCUUCUUCUCUUCUUGGUCUGGUCGUGUUUGUGUGUCGGGCAUUGUUUGGGUUUGUUCGGGGGGCGUUCUCGCAUCUGCCUCUUGUUGUCGGGCGGUUCCCCAUGGGGUUAUCCCUUCUUGAUUUUCUAUUUCGGAUCCAGAGGGAAGAUCUAUCAUCGGCAUUUGUUUCCCUCCUCAAGAGGCGCGGUAUCUUGUCAGGCACAGCUCCCAUAGGGCAUCGUACAGAGAAAUCACAUCAAUCUGGUCACCAUCCCUGCAACGUGACGUCCACCCCCGAGACGUGGUCUACAUCGCCGUGCUUGGCUUUUUGUUUAAUAUUCAGCGCACAUGCAUGUGUGUCCAAGGGAUCGAUG